AUCAGAUGAGUGGAGACAUCAGGAGUGGCUGCAGAUAAUCUGAAGGUCGACAGAUAGCAAUUACUGCAGCAGAUGAUUGAGCAUUUCAGGACAAAGAACCUAUUUUGGCACAGAUGUUCCCUAGAGCUUGCUGUUUAAAAAAAAACCUAUUAAUUACUCCAAAUUUCAAGAUGUCUGCCAUGUUCAUUAAAGAAAGUUUAUUUGCCACUAUGUAUCACAGAUUAACACUUCUGGUGUCAAGUCAUACAUAAUUGGACCCAUAAAAAUCAUAUUUACUGAUAAUCGUUUGACUUUUCAAGACAGUCAUUAUAUUAAAAUUAACUUUUGCACUAAAAUCACCAAUUAGACGAAUGUGUUUGUUGUCAGAUUUUAGCUUAAAUAUUUUGAAUGAUAUAAGUCAUAUAUAUUAUCUUUUGUGUUUCCUUUUUCUGGUUUACAUUUUUUCAAAAUGGCCGCCAUGGUUGUAGCAGAGAGUAUAUGUUUGUACUAAAAGCGCCAAUUGCUAGCUAAUGCAAGUGGUGAGCAUAGCUAACCUAAAAGUUAGAUUCACUAACCACUAAUCUGCUAAACUAAAAUCUUAGCUCAGCUAACACUAAACUGCUAAGCACGUAAAAAAUGUUAGCUGAAGCUAAUGCUAACCAUUAGGACGACCAAGUCAUGAAAAUGGGAAAUGGGUGACAUUUUAUGUCAAUAAUCGGUUUUGAAGGCUCAAAAACGACAGCCAUCUUGAAGAAUAUGGCCGUCAUCCUGAAAAUCAAGUGGCUAACGGAAAUUAUGGAAAACAUACGUCCAUUUUACUGCUUGUGUCCCACACUUGAAAGAUUUUCACAGUAAUAUGCUGCACUACCAGGGGUACGGAGAGUUUGAAGGAAGGGGAGGGUGUUGUGGGUUUGUGUUUAGGAGAGAAACACUUCAGGGACGAGGAGCCAGGCUGGCAGUGAAACCGACACAUAAGCAAGAAGUCGGCUGGACGACUGCCAGGCUGUGCCGUGUGGUCCAGCCUCGCCGAGGUGUCCCUGGACUGCAGCCAUCGCAGAAUGUUCCAUCAGAUGGGACUGUUGGGUUUUCACCAACAAGAUGAUUAGUGAUGCUGAGACGACGCUGCCAGAUAAAAGACCUGGCAGCUCAGACCGUUUUGCUUUUCAGCAAAUCCAGUGCAAAUUCCUCCUCCAGUCUGGGAGAAAUGGUGUCAGGCACGUUCAAACCAAACCCAAACUCAGCAGGAAAGCAAAAACAAAAAGUGGCUGAACACGUCCCCCCGUAUGACGUGGUUCCGUCCAUGAGGCCGGUGGUCCUGGUAGGUCCAUCCCUGAAAGGCUAUGAGGUGACGGAUAUGAUGCAGAAAGCGCUGUUUGACUUCCUGAAGCACAGGUUCGAUGGAAGGAUAUCCAUCACGAGGGUCACCGCUGAUAUAUCGUUGGCCAAGAGGUCAGUACUUAACAACCCCAGUAAACGGGCCAUCAUUGAGAGGUCCAACACCCGCUCCAGCCUCGCUGAGGUCCAGUGUGAAAUAGAAAGGAUCUUUGAGUUGGCCAGAUCUCUACAGCUGGUGGUGUUGGAUGCAGACACAAUAAAUCACCCAGCACAGCUUAUCAAGACCUCAUUAGCUCCCAUUAUUGUCCAUGUUAAGGUGUCAUCUCCUAAGGUCUUGCAGCGUCUGAUCAAAUCGCGAGGGAAGUCCCAAAGCAAACACUUGAACGUGCAGCUUGUUGCAGCAGAAAAACUAGCCCAGUGUCCGUCAGAGAUGUUUGACAUUAUUUUGGACGAGAACCAGCUUGAAGAUGCCUGCGAACACCUGGCAGAAUACCUGGAAGCGUACUGGCGCACUACCCACACUGCACUUAGCACGCCGCUCAACCCCCUGCUGGGACGCAAUCUGGGCUCCACUGCUCUCUCCCCGUAUCCGGCUGCCAUCCAGGCCCAAAAGAAUCGAAACAGCAACCACACGACUACCGACCAUUCCCCCGUCGAGCGCCGCAAUCUGAUGCCCGCGGACGAGAACUAUCACAACGAGCGGGCCCGGAAGAAUCGCAACCGCCUGUCCUCGGGCUCACAGCACAGCAGGGACCACUCUCCGCUGAUGGAGGAGGAUUACCAAGACCCCUACCAGGACUCUUACAAGCCUCACCGCAAUCGCAGAUCCCCCGGAGGCUACAGCCAGGACUGCGCCAGGCACAGGCUGUGAGCCGAUAAUCGUCUGCGCCGAACACAAUCGCUGAGGCGGCGUCGUGAUGAAUCUACUUAAGUCAUGUGAACUGGAACUAUCUCUUAUGUCUGUGAAGUACCUCAUAUCCCCUUUUGACCUUGGACAUUUAUAACCUAAUAUUUAAAAAAAGAAAAACUGUCUUUGCUGUGAUGUGAAUAUGAGGGUGGACAUGUAGCACAAGAACUAUGUUUUAAACGAAGGGUGGAAGUUUAGCUUGUUUUAAUGUGUCACACAAGUAGCUUGUAAGUUAAAUCAACUAGCAAGUGAAAUUGUGGGGUCUUCUACACUUUCCCUGCCAUCUCAGCUGUCCCUGUAGCAUGUAGGUGGAGGGCUGCGAAGCCGGUGCCAGACAGUAUCCCGCAGCGACUCAGCAACUCAGUUUAAACGUAUCUUAAGACAUGAGGGAAGCAAAAAUAUGCCAUUAAUAAUACGGUUGUGUACUACCGUCCUCGACGUGAGCGAGCUUGUUCCAAAAUUCUUGACUUUUGCUAUUUGUUUACAACAUAUAUAUAUAUAUAUAUAUAUAUAUAUAUUUCUCUUCAAAGUUCAUCCAGUAGCUUCCCAUACCCCCUUCUUUACUUUCCCUGAACUCCCAUUUUUGUUCAAUCGGUCGUAUGCAAAGUUGCGUAAGUACAGAGAUGUUUAAAGCUCCAAACCUCAGGAAUGAGGGGUCACUAAGACCAAGAAGUGUAGCGUUUUGUUAUCUUACCCGUCUGGAUAAUUUGGGGUGUAUUAUUUAAUAUACAGUGCCUUUCAAGAGUAUUCACAGCUGAAGUUUUAAUUGGGAUGAAACAUGGUGGUGGCGGCAUAUACCUGUGGUGAUGCAGUAUUGGGGGGAUAAAGAACUAUUGGAGUAUGCAGAAGGUAUGUUAGGUGUGUAGGGAUAAAAUGGUCCUGUCAAAGUCUACGUGUUUCAAUAGGCCAAAAUGUCAUCCUCCUGAUCUGGUACAUUCACCUUAAAAAUUUUAAGCUGCAAUCAAAACAAAAUGCAAAUGCAUGUAUCAUUCUCCUUUCAUUUCAAAUGAUCCGGUACUUUAUGUUGGGGUUCCACAUAGCACCUACAUGUAAUACAUUAAAAGUGAGGUGGUAACAUGAAUGCUUUAGUAAGGCACUGUAGCUGUAGUGCUAAAUGCUAUAAUGUGCAUUUAGUUUAGUUUAGUAAGGCAUGAUUAUGAAAAUACAAGAGUGGAUUUUAGUUUGUGAUAUUCUGAGGGCUUCCAUGUGUAAAUGUUGUCAAAAAUGACAGAAGAGAAACUUAAAAUUCAACUUUUGGUAAAUCUGAUUACAUUCCAUUGGUUUAAUUCAAGGUACUGCAUAUAACUCAGAUCAAGAUUUCUUUUUUAAAGGUUUUAUAAUAACUGUAAAAUGUUCAGAAGCUGAUCCUGACCGUCUUCUUUGUUUUCAGGUGUAACUUUUUACAUUAUUUUAACUUCCGUUAGAAAUUCUUGGAUAAAAAUAGAAAACUGCAGAAUAAAGGAAGGACUUUUCUAUACCCAUUAGAGCUUUUGCUAGCCAAUACUAACAGUUACAUGUAACUAUCUUUAGCCGAACAGGAAAAAAAAUGUUCUGCAGGGCAUUUCAUAGAGGUGGUAGACCUGAAUUCAAUAAAAUAUGAACUGCCCGCUAGUCUUUAUCUGAUUUUUACCAAACAAAAAGCAAACUAAAAGAACAUGCUAUUUAUUGAUGUGUUUACAAUCUGAAAAAUUACUUUUUUAAAAUUUGUAUGUGCCGUAGGAAUGAAGAAAAAUUUGUUUUUCAGUAUCUGAUCUCCUGAAAGCAAGCAAAAAUCCAGGAAUUUGUUCUUGUAUCUUGAAUAAAAUACAUUCAACAAUUUACAA